CCAACCCACUGCGUGUUGGGUCCUGCCCUGCUCUACUCCCACAUCGCACUCACAUGUCGUUGUGGUGCAGUGAUAGUCCGUGUCCUCCUCCUCCUCCGGCCGUGGGAUCACCUCAGCCGCUGCUAAAGUUCCCCUGGAUGUUCACACGGUUUCCCAGCCUGGCUCUCCUCGCCUCCUAGUGCGCAGCCUGGGCAUUGAAAAGAAAAAUAGAUUUUUUGGGGGAAAAAUUCUCAAACCACAGGAAAUCCCAUUUGAUAACAUCAGAAGAAACACUUUUUCCUUCCGGCAAACAGCUGAGGGCUUCUGUCUUUCCAAUUGCAAAGGAAGAAAGAAAUGCAGAAUCAGAGGACUAUAUGACACCUUUCCUGUGGAUCUAAGUUUCAAAUCAGAAAAGAAGAAGAAGGAGAGGAAAAGCAUCUACUUCUGAAACGAUCAAAAAUGGCCACAGAGACUUUCCACGCCGCCUAUGCUAUCGAGACCCCGUCCGCCAUGCCCAUGUCCCCCUCCACAGGAAACCUGCUCCAGAUGUUUCAUGAGUACCAGAGCAACUCAGUCAUCAUAGAGCACUACAACUACACAGGCAAACUGAAGGAGAACAAGUACAAGGAAGGACUCAAACCAGAGGCCAUAGCUUUCCUGCUGGUCUGCCUGCUUAUAGUCGUAGAAAAUGCUGUGGUGCUUCUGGCUAUCUGGAAGAACAAGAAGUUCCAUCUGCCCAUGUACUACUUACUGGGCAACUUGACCCUCUCUGACCUGCUGGCAGGCUUCACCUACAUGGUAAAUAUUAUCAUGUCCGGUGCCAACACAUUAAACAUGACCCCGGUGCUGUGGUUCCUGAGGGAGGGGGGCGUGUUCAUCAUGCUGGCCGCCUCAGUCGUCAGCCUGCUAGCCAUCGCCAUAGAGCGUCACGUUACCAUGGUGAGGAUGAAGCCGUACCAGGGGGACAAACAGGGGCGGAUGUUUGCUCUGAUUGGAGCCAGCUGGGUGCUGUCUGUGUUGCUGGGUGUUCUUCCCGUCCUGGGCUGGAACUGCAUGGGACAGCUGGACCAGUGCUCCACAGUCCUCCCUCUUUACGCCAAGAGUUACAUCCUCUUCUGCAUCACCAUCUUCAGCGCCAUCCUCAUGUCCAUCGUGGUGUUGUACAUCCGCAUCUUCCGUAUCGUCAAGUCCAACACCCAGCGCCUUGCUUCGGUUCCACAGCGCAAAGGCCUCUACCGCAAGUCCCAGAAGUACAUGGCUCUCCUGAAGACAGUCACUAUAGUCCUGGGAGUCUUCAUCGCAUGUUGGCUGCCCCUCUUCAUCCUCCUCCUCUUGGACUUUGUCUGUCCAGCCAAAAGCUGCGAGGUGCUCCUCAAGGCAGACUAUUUCCUGGGCAUUGCUAUGUUCAACUCCCUGCUGAACCCCAUCAUCUACACCCUGACCAGCAAGGACAUGAGGAGGGCCAUCCUCAGGCUGCUUUGCCGACACUGCCUCCUAACAAAAGACGGACAGGUAAAGAAGAUCGGGAUGCCCUUCCUGGAGUGCAGCACCAGUAAGACCGAAGCAACAUCUCACAGACUAGAAGGACUGGAAACGACAGUAUCCUCCAGUAACUUAACACCCUCUGCUAUCAAAGCCAUUUACCCCAGGAUGUCUAAAACAUGACACAGUGGCUCCAUUAGCACUGAGAGCAAGCAUUAGGAAUAAGACUCUGACUUGUGUUACAGCCAGGCUGCUUCUCUUUAGUCCAACAUGCGUAUGUGCUCUAGUCGAGCCAACAUUUACGAAUGGAGCUGAAGAUUUGUGUUGCACUCUGCUGUAGUUUUGGUAUUAAUUGUCAUGGAACAGAAUAAGCUUAGUGUAUGUGACAGAUGUCCAGACUGGGAGAAAUACAUGGAUUUUUUUUUAAGCUUCUGUGAAUAUUUUCUAUGACAGCCUAAUCACGAAAAACAGGAAAUGUAAGUGCAUUACGGUAGCUGGCAGUUUCCUGUUAAAACAAUGCACUGCAUUUGUCUCUUACGCAGUGAGAAAAGGCCAGUAUUUGACAGAGGACAUUCCCUCAGGGGGAAAAUGUCAUUUCAUUCUUCUUGUCAGGGUUUGUUUUUGCACAUGAAAAAGAAAUCAAAGACAUUAAUACAGCCAAUUAUGCUGCACAUCUGACAGACUGAGACUAAAGCCUAAGCACCGGCUUUAUCCUUAUCUCCUCUGCCUGUGUAGCAUAUAAUGACAUGUUGUUACAGACACAGAGCAUCCACACCCAAACUCUGCUGCCAAAACCAUGUAAUUUCUGCCAUGUGAGGUUUGGUCAGCAGUAAUUCUGGGUAGAGGUCCCCUCGGCUGAGAUCAGAGGCUUGGUGGCCUGCAGAUGCACUGAACACGUCAUAUGGAGAGCCGUGCUGAGCGGUUUGCAGCUCUGGAGGUCCCCUUCAACAUAUGUAGCAACACAUGAUGUAUGACUAAAAGCAAUAAAGUUGACGGCGGAGGUUUGUUCGCUCCUUCUUGGAUUUAACAUACUAGCAUAUCACAGUGAUAUGCUGUAGCUCAUGGACAAAAAGUUCAGAAGACAGACGAGUGUUUUUCUUAUUGGAGAAUGUUCACCGUGACAUGAUAUUAAUCUAUUUUUCCUGUGAAAGGCUGCAGAUAUAAUUUUGUUCCACACAGCAGCAAAGCCCAGACAUCAGAGUCUGUGGGCUUCAAAGUGCUGGGGUAUUUCAUUGUGGUUAAAGUGACACAAAAAUGGACACUUUGCCAAUUGUAAUAUUGUACAUAAAUGUAAAGAAAAAAAAAAUCUAUCUAUUUACUUUUUUUUUUUUUUUUAAUUGUAAAUAUCCAUAGCCUUUUCUGAGCUGCAUUUUGUAUUGUAAAAAAACUCACUUAAGUUAUGAUGCCACUUUUAUAUGUGCACUGAAUAAAACGUGAAUGUUUACACUGA